AUGGAAUCCGUCUGCUCGUCCGGCGGUGGGUCGUCGGACUCGGCCUUGGACUUUGCAUUCGCGUUCAAUGAUGUCAACUUUUCGGAUCGAAUUCUCCGGAUCGAGAUGCUACCUGACUCGCCCGGUUCAAAGCCCGACCCGGAUGUCAGCCUCUCCGGUUGGGCACGAAACCGCAAGCGCCGACGGAAUGAACAUCUUAAUACAGCUAAUGAUGUGACCAUGCAACGAGAAGAGCAGAUUUUAAAUUGUAAUAUGCCUGAUAUGGAAGAUGGUUAUGGAAAUCAAGAAGAGGAGAUUGUGGCAACGAUUGAAGAAACACCUGCAGUUUUGGAAAUAGCUACAAAUGAAGUUGACGAUGAAGUAACUCGGCCCAAUGAAACGUCCUCUAGUAUGGACUGUUCACCUGUUCAAGUGAAGACGAUACACAUUAGUUCUCCAAUUCUAGCAGCAAAGAGUCCCUUCUUUUAUAAGUUGUUCUCCAAUGGCAUGAAUGAGUCAGAUCAGCGACUUGUAACCAUACAAAUCCAUGCCACAGAAGAAGCUGCCCUCAUGGAUCUACUGAACUUUAUGUACAGUAAUUCUCUACCAAGAACCACACCUUCAGAUUUGCUGGAUGUUUUAAUGGCUGCCGACAAAUUUGAAGUUGCUUCAUGUAUGAGAUACUGCAGCCGGUUAUUACGGAACUUACCAAUGACUUGUGAAUCAGCCUUGCUCUACUUGGAUCUACCUUCUACCAUUUCAAUGGGUGAUACGGUUCAGCCACUUACAGAUGCAGCCAAGAAGUUCCUUGCCACACGUUUCAAGGAUAUAAGCAAGUUCCAAGAAGAGGUACUUAACUUGCCUUUAGCUGGCAUUACUGCUGUUUUGUCCAGCGACAAUCUUCAGGUAGCGUCAGAGGAUGCUGUUUAUGAUUUUGUGCUGAAGUGGGCCCGAAUGCAUUACUCAAAGUUGGAGGAACGUCGAGAAAUAUUAAGCACACAUCUCGUUCGCUUUAUCCGUUUCCCAUGCAUGAGUUGCAGAAAGUUGAAGAAAGUCUUGGGAUGCAAUGACUUUGAUCCUGAAAUCGCCUCCAAGGUUGUGCUUGAUGCUCUCUUUUUCAAGGCUGAAGCACCAUAUCGACAGCGUUCUCUCGUGGCAGAGGAGGCCAACACUUCCUCCCGUCGUUUUGUGGAGCGUGCAUACAAAUAUCGACCAGUCAAGGUCGUCGAAUUUGAAUCGCCUCGUCUGCAGUGCAUUGUUUAUCUGGAUCUGACGCAGGGCGAGUGCGCGCAACUCUUCCCAGCUGGUCGAGUCUAUUCGCAGGCUUUUCACUUGGGCGGGCAAGGAUUUUUCCUAUCAGCCCAUUGCAAUAUGGACCAACAGAGUUCUUUCCAUUGUUUUGGGCUGUUCUUAGGGAUGCAAGAGAAGGGGUCAGUAGCAUUUGCUGUUGACUACGAGUUUGCAUCAAGAGCAAAACCAUCCGAGGAGUUUGUGAGCAAGUACAAAGGAAACUACACCUUCACCGGAGGAAAGGCGGUUGGCUACAGGAACCUGUUUAGUGUCCCAUGGUCUGCAUUUAUGGACGACGACAGCCCUUACUUCAUCAAUGGGAUUCUCCAUCUCAGGGCCGAGCUUACGAUUAAGCAAUGA